UUCAAAGGUAUAGAUUUAAUCAUGAAGUCAUAGUUAUGAGCUUGAGAAAUUUCAAAUAAUUCUGUUUACAAAGAUCAUACCUUGUUUACAACAAUUGUGAACUAAGGAAAUGUCAAGUAGCUAGCUAGCUCAAUUUUUUUACCCCUCUCAUUUCUUAAUUCAUAUUACUUAAAAUGCCUUAAUUUUAGUAUAUUUAUCUUGCUACUUCUGAUAAGUUUGAAAAUAAAAACCCCAAACAAAAAAACAACAAAACCAAAAAAUCCAAAACCAACCAAACAAAAAAAUCCCCAAGAAAACAACAACAAAAAAAAAAAAAAACCCAAACCAACACAACUAACAGGAGUCCUGCAGACUGUUGCCCAGUAGUUGUCCUGGACAUCUCAGUUUUUUCAGGCCUGCCAGGGUACAUAUUUACAUACAUGAGAAAUUUCCAGACUUUCUUAGACUCCCUGAACUGACUUUUCUUCCUUUGUCACAUAAACCUGUCCUGCUUCUUCCCACAAACACCAUCAUGUAGAACAGUGCCAUAGACUGGAUGUAGUAACGUGUUAGCCUCUUGUGUAAUGCAUGAAGGAUGAAAAACUUAGUAGGUGAACACCUUUCCCUGCAAUCUAUUAACAAUCUUCCGGUAUCGGUGAUGUGCCAGUUUGCAGGUUAAAUUGCUUAGAUACCUACAGGAGUUCUUGGACUGUUUACUUCCUCUGUGCUUAUUUCAAUGCAGAAAAAAAUAUAGGCUGAUAUAGACAUUUCAACCGUAACAGCUGAACAGUGGAUAGGAGCAGAACAUUGUGUCUUGUACCUGUGGAUGCUAAGGAAUUUCAUGAGUUUAGAAUGGCAUUAAAACUCCCUUGUACAGAAUAGUUCAUGGACUUUGUUCUUUUAGUUAAACGUGGUGUGAGCGUUUGCAGGCAAAGGGCCAUAGUUGUAACCACCUUUAUAGCUAUUCCAUCAGUGUAAGACGAAUUGGUGGUUUCACUUUCUAGAGCAGAAAGUAAGUGACAAAAAGAUGUGGGGGUUAGAAAGACAUUUCUAGGCCAAGCUGUUCCAGGUUACUGUUAUCCUUCAUAAAGCUUGGGGCUUCUUCCUCAGAAAGUGCUCUAACUGGAAGUUCUCAGCAAGGGGAUUACAUUAAAUGGAUUCUGCAUUGACUUAACCUGAGACUUUCUUCUCUGCCUGCUAUAGAAGAUGGUCAAGUCAGUGUAAAAAGAGAUCAAUGUUACAUGCAGAACUAUGCAUUUGACACACCUGGAGUUAUAAAAAUCAGUGACUGGUUCUUCUAGGGUUCACGUGAGAUGAUAAAACAUCAUUGGAUCUCACAACGCAAAGCAAGCAUGUCAGCAUUACUAUAAACUAAACAAGUCAUUAUGUUACUGUGGUCACAGUGGUUAUGCUGCACGCAGAUUGCACAAUGAAUAGUAUUUCCUCCUAGUCUGUAUCGCUGAACGUGUGUCAUGUUUACAAAUAGCAGAGUUGUUUAUCACUGGUCUGACUCGGUACACCAUCCUGGAUGGAGUUGUACAGAAGUUAAAAAGCCAGAUUUAGACAGUCUACUCUGAAUACAUACACACACUUUUUGGCAGCCUCAUGGUGCCUCUUGCUUUAUAAAGCAUUUCUCUCUGCUCAGACAUUGUGAAAUUCAGAUGGCACACACGUCACUGAAGUGCAGAUCUACAUCUGCAGAUGUACAGCUUGCCAGUACGCAUAUGGACAUGAGUGGAAUUGGGGCCAUCUGACUGUGUCCUGAAGCAUCUGCUGUGCAGGAUAUGCCUACUGCAGUGUGCCAUGUAUGGAGAAGAUAAUUCAGGCAGUCUAAUCAAACUGGCUCAGGCUGAGGCACCAGAUAGCCUGGCUGUGGUAGUGAAGAGCUCUGGGUAGGGCACCUUACAUUUGAUUUGGCAAUUCAGACAUACCCAUGGAAGCACUGUGGAAAACAAGACAGAAUACCAUACUGCAGCUCCCAGUAAAAUCAGUAACACUAGAUUUACAACUUAAAUGGCAGUAGAAAGCCACUCAUUUUCUCGUGUACAGUUCACCUCGUAACUGAAAUUGAAAAAAAACCAAACCAACCAACCCCAAAAUCAAAAAAACCUCACAAAACAAACAAAACCCAAGCCAACAACACAACAGUAGCAUGCACAAUAGGAAUAGCAUUAAUGUGCAUUUCACAUGUUUUAUUUCAUUUGCAUUUCACUGAAUCAUCUACUUUUAUCUGCCCUGCUAAGAAGCUCCUGCAAAGCAGUUAAAUAUGAUUUUCUGGACUUUAUACAAUGGGAAUUCAUAAUGUGGAGUAAUUUAGUAAGUUAGAGAGAUCAAAUCACAAGUCAGUCAAAGUUGGAAGCAGAGUUCAAAUAUCCUGACUCCCAGAAAAAAAAGAUGGUACAGCAGGAACAAUUUCUGACUAUUAAAGUAUUGAGAAUAACUUCCACCAGACCUGCACCUAAUUUAAAUACUACUAAUUAGUAACCCAGGCAGGUGACAAAAAUAAUAGAUUGAACUAAAAAUUGUAGCAAUGGUGAAUUUUUCAAGGAAUGUUUUUAAACAUAAAUUGAAUGCAUAAAAUCAGGUCUACCUCUUUAAUUAGAUCCUAAACAAGAAAAAGUUCAAACUAUGCUUAGUACUUUAUUCAGUGAACAAAAGCAGCAAAAUGAAAGACUUUUUCAACAUUCUUUGAAGUUAAAAUAACCUUAUGUACAACUUGUUAAAAAGAGUAAGUAACACUAAGCACAGUCUGCCCCCAGACACACACUCAAAAAAAACCCCAGCAGACCCUGUGCUACAGAAAACCAGGAAGAUUCACAGAUACUAGGGAGAAACAAGCCACUUGAAAAUCCUGUCUCUGUCCUGAGGAAUCCAGUGCAAUCACAGGUAAUCUCUCAGAUUAUUGUUACAUGUCACAAUAAUUCUCCAGAAGGUCUAAAUUGUUUCUUCAGAUUGUAGGAGGGCUGUCACAGCACAUUAUAGUGAUGGCAAUUAGAUAACUCAGUGAAAUAGAUUUUCAGGUUUGGCUUUGUCUCCCGUGCCGUGGUUCACAUGGACCGGGCUGGUAUGCACUCUUCAUGGCUGUUUACGCUGGCCAUUUUGCAGCCAUCCUUGAUUCCAAAACCACGCUUUUCAGUAGGAUUCAACGUAUCCAGGCAACUAGCAUCUCUCAGGAUAGCUGAAUUCACACAUAUUACCAUAUACUUAAUAUGAAGACAACUCUUUAUUUUGCCAUUUCAGAACACCAACAAAACUGGACACUCCACAGGUCAGGUCUGAUUCUCCUCUCCAAACAGUACUUUAACUCCUCACACUCCCUCACACUAACCUAAGCUUAGCUCUGAUUUUCAGUGAAAUAAGUGAGAAGCGAUUCAGGCACUUUUCUUUAAAAAACAUAAACCCCGGACAUCAAUCAUGAUGAAUGGUUUUCUAAAGUCAUUUCUUUCAUGUGUGUGCAAUCAUACCAGUCAUGUAAUAUAAAUACAGUAGCUUACUUUAAUAGCUCCCAGCUCAGCAGGAAAUGAGAACGAGAUCUCAAACCUUUGUCCUUCACAACUAGCAGUUUGCCACCACUGUGAGUUUUAUCAGCAAAUGCUCUGUUUCCCCAAACCUCCUCAGCUGCCAGAAGUCUGCAGUACGUAAAGUAAGCUUUCCUGGGAAAAAUCAACUGUCUGGGAUAUUGGUACAAACUGUGAUUUAAUGCUUACAACCUCUUUUACUAGUACAUCUAUGCUACUGCAGAAAGAGCUGCAUCUGUCAACAGCCACUUGGAAGCAACAGCUGCCCAAAGGGGAUUACGACCUCCAGCAGGAGGAUCUUACAAGUGUGGAGAGGGUCCCGUAGAAAAAUGCCUCUAAAGCUGCUACCCUGAGACUUCACCUUCCCCAGGUCUCCGUGGCUGCUCAGCAAAUGUCUUCUGCAUCCUUUCCGAAUCCAUCCUGAAAAGCCCGCGGGCUUUUUCCAUCCCAUCUCUUUUUAAGUUCAUGCGCUGGGGCUGUGCCGCCGACAGAAACCGCGGAACACCCCUGCGAACGCGGCGCCCGCGCUACGCCACGCCGCCGCACACCUCGCAAAAUGCUUUGAUUUCAGGUAUUUGAGAAAAUAAGGAGUUUCCCGACAGAAAAGGGCCGCGGGGUGACCGCGCCUCCCAGGCUUCGGAGGCGGCAAAGGGGGUGAGGGAGCCGGCGGGACCCGGUCGGCCCGGGCCCCUAAGGGCGGCGGUACUCCGCCGCGCCUGGCUGCCGCCACAGCUGCCCGCUCCCGCCCCGCGGCCUCUCUUCACCCAACCCGCCGCGGGACGGGAGCCCGCCCCGCUCCCAACCCCGUAGUCACACCGAGGAUACUGGAGGGAGGUUCGGCUCCCUGCCCUUCCUCGGGCCAAGGACCCCUUUCCUCCCACAAUGCGGCAUCCCCCACCUCGGCUGCAUGCGACGACCAGCCCGCCAUUCGCGCCGCAACCGCUGCGCUGCUGGCGCCAGCCGCUCCCGCAGUAAACUCGGACGGGCCCAGGAGCGGGCCAGGGCUGCGGCACCGAGCCGCCCCGCGGUGAGGACACCCACCCGUUGCGCCGCGGCCGCGCAGCGCCGGCUCCCGGCGCGGGGGAUGCGCCGCACUGCGCAUGAGCGGGAGGCGGCGGAAGGGCCCGUGAGGAGCCGGGAGCUGCCGCCGCCGGAGGAAGCCGUUGCCGUCGCCGCCCUCAGUCUCCGCCUGAGCCGGGAGGGAAGAGGCCUGCACAGCCCUCAACAUGAACAAGUUGAAAUCAUCACAGAAGGAUAAAGUGCGUCAAUUUAUGGUCUUCACACAAUCUAGUGAAAAGACAGCGGUGAGUUGUCUGUCUCAAAAUGACUGGAAGUUAGAUGUUGCAACAGACAACUUUUUCCAAAAUCCUGAACUUUAUAUACGAGAGAGUGUUAAAGGAUCAUUGGACAGAAAGAAGUUAGAACAACUAUAUAACAGAUACAAAGAUCCUCAAGAUGAAAAUAAAAUUGGUAUAGAUGGUAUACAGCAGUUUUGUGAUGAUCUGGCUCUUGACCCAGCCAGCAUUACUGUACUCAUCAUUGCAUGGAAAUUCCGAGCUGCAACGCAGUGUGAAUUUUCAAAGCUGGAAUUCAUGGAUGGAAUGACUGAGCUAGGAUGUGACAGCAUAGAAAAACUGAAGGCCCAGAUUCCUAAAAUGGAACAAGAAUUAAAAGAGCCAGGAAGAUUUAAGGAUUUUUAUCAGUUUACUUUCAACUUUGCAAAGAAUCCGGGGCAGAAAGGUUUAGAUUUAGAAAUGGCCAUUGCCUACUGGAAUUUAGUACUUAAUGGAAGAUUUAAAUUUCUAGACUUGUGGAACAAAUUUUUGUUGGAACAUCAUAAAAGAUCAAUUCCUAAGGAUACCUGGAACCUUCUUCUAGACUUUAGUACAAUGAUAGCAGAUGAUAUGUCUAACUAUGAUGAGGAAGGGGCAUGGCCAGUGCUUAUUGAUGACUUUGUGGAAUUUGCACGCCCUCAAAUUGCUGGGACAAAAAGUACGACAGUGUAGCACUAAAGGACCCUUCUAGAGUGUACAUAGUCUGUACAAAUACCUGAAAUGGAAAAUUGCACAGUCAAUUUCUGCUGGCUGGACUGAACUGAAGAUCAAUCCUCAGAAUAUGGCUGAGGGUUGAGACAAACCUUUAAGGAUACAUCUUGGACCAUAUCAUAUUUCAUUCUUCUACCAGUGGUUUGGGCUUUUCUUCUAGUCUGGACCACUCUUGCCCAUUAAAAUUCCAACAUUGUGGAUUUCAUAAUGGAUUUUUUUUUUUUUUUUUUUUUUUUGGUGGACCAUCCUGGUUUCAUCUCCCAUAAAUCCUAGAAGCUUUAUAAUUAUUUUGAGAUUUCUGGUUUCACAUAAAGCACAAUGCUGGUCAUCAUCAGACAACUGUUGUAUGGCAUCUGAAUUAUACAGAUCAACAUCAAAACAAUUUUUAAAAGCAUCCUUAAAUAUACACUUGGGGCUAGUUGCAAAGACUUAUUGAUAGCACUUCCUGUAAGAGUGAUAUAUUUAAGUGAACUGGGUCCGAUAACUUUUUUUUCUGUUCUGGAAAAGUACAGGUAUCAUCUAAGUGAGUUUGAGUAUCUGAUAAAAAGAAUUACAGAAAUAACCAAGAAAACCCAAGGUUGUUGAUACUGGGGUAUCUAGGUGCCUAUCUGAAUGGUUUGAUUGUACAUCAGCUGACUGUGAGAACAGUUGAAGUACGACACAACUACUGUGCACUUAAAGCACCCGUGUUUAAUGUUAUAGUCAGCCUUCAGUGAGCGUCAUUGAGAUAAGCUGUGUGCGUCCUGAUAAAAUCUAAUAUUCUCUAGGUUAUUAUCUAAGAAAUCGGAUUUCAUUACAGUUUUGAAAUGCUUAUCUGUCUGUCAAAGAAAGGUUUUUCAUUUCUGUGGAAGUCUUAAAACUUGAAUAUACUGAAUUUGUGUCUUAAAUGUUUGCUACACAAUACAGUAUUUUAAAUUGAGACAUGUAAUUUUUAUGGUUGAGGUAUGAUGAAGCAAAUGGCCCUGUUGUUACAAGAAGCUGGUGAGUUUGAUGUGAAUCUAGGUUUCAAAUCCAUUAUCCUGAGAAGUAAGUUAACUCUUUAUAACAUAGAGGUACUGCCAUUAUGGAUGACAUCCUUUUUUUUUUUUUUUAAUUAUUUUGUUGAGUUUUCCUUAAAUUGACAUAUCACUAUGGUUGCCAAAUACAGAAAUUGAGAGUAAAACUUUCCCAAACAAGCACAGAUCAGAUAGAUAUAAAAUACUACACUGGCUUUGUUUGCUUAAAUUAUUUUGUUGAUCAUCACUACUUCUUAUUUUCUUACCACAUUUAACUAAAUCAUUUUGUUCAAAACAGAUUUUAUCAGCUGCAAUUCUUUAUUUUUAAUAUUACAAGAAUUGGAGAGCUGCUUUUGUGCUAAACAUGGUCUUUUACUCCUCACUUAGUUACUUGUGAAGAUAUGUGAGAAAUAUUGGUCUGUAAAACAAGCUGGAAAAGAACAGGCUCCAGGAGAAGAUAGGCUAUCAUUACAAGUAAGGAUAGAUAAGUUUAAGGCCAUGCUCUAAACAGUCCCAUGAUAAGGCCAGAAUUAUAUUUGAAAUGAGUAAUUGGCACUUGCACUAAACAGUAGAAUGCUUUUAUGCAGAUGUUAAAAGAUGAAAAAAAGACUAUUAAACUGCUAAAAAAGUUUUAUUUGUAUUCUCUGAAGUUGAGCAUAAGGCUGACUCCCCUUGCAGCAGUGCCCUUUUAAGAAAAUCCAGUUGUGCAUUUAUUUCAUGAAUGCCAUUCCACAAAAACAUUGCAAACAUUCUCCAGCUAUUGGAAUUGGCUAUGCCAAAAAUGGUGUGUUUUGCUGCUUUCAGUAUUUCCUUUCUCAAUUUUGUGUAAAUAUAAAUGGGAACUUGAAAUUCUAGGGGGGUGGGGCGGGCGGGUGGAAAAGCUCUACAAGGUAUCUAUGCGUGCUGUUUUAUGUCUUGAGGGUUUUGGUACAGUUUCAGAUUGAUUAGUUCAAGUAUGCUGUGUUUGGAGAGAACUGACUUGCUUUUCAUCCCAGUACAGACUUGUCCCUCAAAAAAGUCUGAGAUUGGGUAGUGGCAUAACGCCGUGGUGUUUUAAAGAAUAUUCCUUUUGAAUGCAAGAUCUUUUCAACAAAAUAGUGUUGUCAUCAGUUUGGUACUACAUACUUAUAAUUACUGUGUAAUUAUAAAGAAAUACAUAAAACUUUGACUAAUUAUGUUGCAGAAAAGGGUUAUUUGUGCUAUGAUGGCAUCUUAAAAGUUUUUCAAAAUGAGUGACUGAAGUUGAAAGAAACAUUGAUUUAACAGGGUGUUGUUCUAAGGACAAAAUGCCUGGUUACAGGGAAUAUUUUGCAUUGAAAUGUGCUCAAUGUGGCCAUGUGGUUUUUUUUCCUUUCUAUAUUUGUGUGGUUUGUUGUUUUGGUUUUUUUUUUUUUUUUUUUUAAGAAUGCAGCCAGUUGCUUACUUGGGUUGCUUUAAUUCGUAAGUGCUUAUGUCUUCAAUUUGAUGAUCUCCCCUUAAAUGGAUCAGUUUAAUUUUGCCAAAUGUCAAGGGAAAAAAAGGCAAACAUCACAUUUGUAACCCGUUUUUAUACAUUAAAUAUGUACAAAAUUAGAAGUGCCCUGAUAUAAAACACUUAAUCUCGAGACUAUAUUUAGUAAAAAAACCCAUCAUUUACAUAUCUCUGUAAGUUCCAAUGUAACUUCUUACAACCCCUCUCAUUACCAACAGAGGCAAUAAAGCUCCAGUGAAAUUGCCAUGGUGAAGUCUUCUCA